UCGAGCCUUGCAUCUGAGAAGUUCCAGGUACUUUGUACAACUGCAUCCCAGAAGCUGUGUGUCUUCAGCAUCUUCAUAAGGGAUGGCUGUCAUCAGGAAGAAGCUGGUGAUUGUUGGUGAUGGAGCGUGUGGGAAGACAUGCUUGCUCAUCGUCUUCAGCAAGGACCAGUUCCCAGAGGUUUACGUACCCACAGUGUUUGAAAACUAUGUGGCAGAUAUUGAAGUAGAUGGGAAGCAGGUAGAGUUGGCUUUAUGGGACACAGCUGGACAGGAAGGUUAUGACCGCCUGAGGCCUCUCUCCUAUCCAGACACUGAUGUUAUACUGAUGUGCUUUUCCAUUGACAGCCCUGAUAGUUUAGAAAACAUCCCAGAAAAAUGGACUCCAGAAGUCAAGCAUUUCUGUCCAAAUGUGCCCAUCAUCCUGGUUGGGAACAAGGAUCUUCGGAAUGAUGAGCACACAAGACGGGAGUUAGCCAAAAUGAAGCAGGAGCCAGUAAAACCUGACGAAGGCAGAGAUACGGCAAACAGGAUUGGUGUUUCAGCACAGACCAAAGAUGGAGUCAGAGAGGUUUUUGAGAUGGCCACGAGAGCUGCUCUGCAAGCUAGGCAUGGAAAGAAGAAGUCUGGGUGCCUCAUCUUGUGAAGCACAGCCUCAUGCGGUUAAUUUGAAGUACGUUUAUUAAUCUUAGUGUACGAUUACUGGCCUUUUCAUUUAUCUAUAAUUUACCUAAGAUUACAAAUCAGAAGUCAUCUUGCUACCAGUAUUUAGAAGCCAACCAUGAUUAUUAAUAAUGUCCAGCCUGUCUGACCAGCCAGGGUCCUUCUGACACUGCUCUAACAGACCUCUCUGCACUCCACCUGACACCAGGCGUUAAUUCAAAGAAUUUCUUAACUUCUUGCUUCUUUCUAGAAAGAGAAACAGUUGGUAACUUUUGUGAAUUAGACUGUACCUACUUUAUAACUAACAUGUCCUGCCUAUUUUCUGACAGCUGCAAGAACUCUGGUGAGUCACUACUUCAGAGCUUUACUUCUUAACAGAUUCCAUUGGCAGAGCUCUGGGGUGGGCAUCCAGUGUUUUGAAAACUUGCUCAGCCAGAAAGGCCCAAGUCCACGCAGCUGUGGCAGAGUUACAGUUCUGUGAUCUCAUGUUAGUUACCUUAUAGUUACUGUGUAAUUAGUGCCACUUAAUGUAUGUUACCAAAAAAUAAAUAUAUCUACCCCAGA